AGGCCGGGCGGGGGGCGCGGGGCCGGGCGGCGGGAGGGGGCACGCGGCUAGCUGUCCGCGGCCUGGGCUUCUCCGCACCCCCGCUCUGCCUUUGUUCCUCCAAAGCCCCCCCGCCCAGGGGGAGACCCCUGCCUUGGGGGGUGCGGCCCUGCGCUACGGAGUGGAACCCCCCACCCAGCCCGCAGCUUCGGGGUCCUGGUCUGGGGUGGGUAGGGGGCCACCCCUCGGGCGCGCCCCGAUUCUGCUCUCCGGGGGAGGGGGGCGCGGAGGCCUCGCCUUCCACCCCCCACCCCCACCGCCCCUAAGCCGGGCGGCUUUGCUCUUUGGGACGCACUCCGCGGCUGCAAAAGGGGAGCCUUCUCAGCAAACGGCCAGUCUUGGUUCUUCAGAAUGAAGCACUUUAUUCACAGCGGCGUUCCUAUACUAGUGAGGAUGAAGCCUGGAAGUCUUUCCUGGAAAACCCGCUCACUGCAGCAACCAAAGCGAUGAUGAGUAUCAAUGGCGAUGAGGACAGUGCCGCCGCGCUGGGCUUGCUCUAUGACUACUACAAGGUUCCUCGCGAGAGAAGGUCAUCAGCAGCAAAGGCAGAUGUUGAGCACGCCGAGCCGGACCAUAGCAAAAGAAACGUACCAAACGUGACGGAGCAGCCCCUCAUCUCUGCUGGCGAGAACAGGGUGCAAGUGCUGAAGAACGUGCCGUUCAACAUCGUCCUUCCCCACGGCAACCAGCUGGGCAUUGACAAGAGAGGACACCCAACGGCCCCCGACACCACGGUCACCGUCUCCAUCGCGGCAAUGCCCACCCACGCCAUCAAGACGGAGAGCCAGCCCCAUGGCUUCGCUGUGGGCAUCCCCCCAGCAGUGUAUCACCCUGAGCCCACGGAGCGCGUGGUGGUUUUCGACAGGAACCUGAACGCUGACCAGUUCGGCUCCGGUGCUCAACCUCCAAAUACGCAAAGGCGCACUCCAGACUCUACCUUCUCGGAGACCUUCAAGGAAGGCGUUCAGGAGGUAAAAACAACAAAAAAGUGCUACGCGGGCCAAGUCAGUUUUCGUCAGAGGCCUGCCAGCCUCCUGUUUGCAGCCCUUGCUGGGAACAACUUUGAAUACACCCUGGAAGCCUCCAAAUCGCUCCGACAGAAGCCAGGAGACAGCACCAUGACAUACCUGAACAAAGGCCAGUUCUACCCUGUCACGCUAAAGGAAGUGAGCGGCAACGAGGGCGUCCACCACCCCAUCAGCAAAGUCCGCAGUGUGAUCAUGGUGGUUUUUGCUGAGGACAAGAGCAGAGAGGACCAGCUGAGGCACUGGAAGUACUGGCACUCGCGGCAGCACACGGCGAAACAAAGGUGUAUUGACAUAGCUGACUACAAAGAAAGCUUCAACACCAUCAGCAACAUUGAGGAGAUCGCUUAUAAUGCCAUUUCUUUCACUUGGGACAUUAACGAUGAAGCAAAGGUUUUCAUCUCUGUGAACUGCUUGAGCACAGACUUCUCUUCUCAGAAGGGUGUGAAGGGGUUGCCUCUGAACAUCCAGAUUGACACCUACAGCUAUAACAACCGCAGCAACAAGCCUGUGCAUCGGGCAUACUGCCAGAUAAAGGUCUUCUGUGACAAGGGAGCCGAACGGAAGAUCAGAGAUGAAGAACGAAAACAAAGCAAAAGAAAAGGCAAGUGCACUGACCCCAGCUCCCAGUUGAACGCCUUUUCUGACGUCAAAGUACCACUUCUUCCCUCUCACAAGCGCAUGGACAUCACGGUUUUCAAGCCCUUCAUUGAUCUCGACACGCAGCCUGUCCUCUUCAUCCCCGACGUGCACUUUGCCAGCCUUCAGCGGGGUGCUCACGUCCUUCCCAUUGCCUCAGAAGAAUUGGAGGGUGAAGGGUCCAGCUUGAAGAGGGGGCCGUACAGCUCGGAAGACGACUUUGUGAUCCCGCCUCCUGCUAAGCUGACCCGGGUAGAAGAACCAAAGAGAGUGCUGCUCUACGUGCGGAAGGAGUCAGAAGAAGUCUUCGAUGCCCUGAUGCUCAAGACUCCAUCCUUGAAAGGCCUGAUGGAAGCUAUCUCUGACAAAUAUGAUGUUCCCCAAGAAAAGAUAGGCAAGAUCUUCAAGAAGUGUAAAAAAGGGAUCCUGGUGAACAUGGAUGACAAUAUCGUGAAGCAUUACUCCAACGAAGACACCUUCCAGCUGCAGAUGGAAGAGUCCGGGGGAUCGUUCAAGCUCACCCUCACUGAGAUCUGAGGACGCCCCGCCCACGACUCCCAGCAAGCUCAGCGAAGCUGUCACCUGGGCCUUUGGGGUUGGCAGGCCACAGGUUUGCCAGUCGGCCACCUUCCAAAUGUGGGUGGAUGUCAGUGGAAGUUGGAGGUGGCGCUGCUUUUGGCUUGGAGAUAGCAUUGAAUGUAUUGCAUUGACGUUUUUCAGAUGACCCCAGAAAGCAUAUUUGAAUUUUCUGCUAUAAAUACUUAGGAUUAAAAGUGGAAACUUUGUUCCAAGAUUUGCUAGGUUACCUGGGAACCUUUAGGAUAUCUGCUACAUUAUUUAUGGAACUGUCUCUUCAGCACGGUGCAGGUCAGACUCGGUGUGACUCUGACCGCCUCAGGUCAUGGGCACGGUGCCCCCACCAGACAGGGGCGCCCUCUCUCCUCGGCCUCUCAUUCCCCAGUAAGUGUUUACUCCAACAGGGCAGGUUACCGAAAUCUUCCUUUGCGACUGUCUUGAACAUAUCAGCUGCCUCUAUUAUGAAGAACCGGACGCGGACAGCGCGCCUCCGCCAGGCCGAAGCCGCGUGUGUGCAAGCGCAAUGCGUCCUGAAGGCCUGUGUCUGUAAAUGUGUACAUACCUGUCUUAUAGAAAUAGAUAAUAUAUACGUGUGGUGUCUGUACAUACAGUGAGGAGACGCGAUGAGGUCUACCCUGAGGACUUUCUUGAGAGGAUAAGUUAUUUCAGACCACGUACACCCAGCAGGUAGCAUGCUGUGCUUAGUGAAUCCCACUCACAAGCUUUCUCUGGGUUUUCCCAAACACAGCCACCAUUCUGUAGCCUAGCAAAACCUCAGUUGACAGAGAUGCUGCACGCUCUUGAGAAGGUUGUUAUUUGGAUGUCUGCACUGUUUAACAAAUGAAGUAAAGGAAACAGCACUACCGCAGCUCACGUCUGCCAUGUCCGCUAGUAUCAGUCAGGCGUCCCCGACAGCGGGAAUAAACACGGUGAUCACGGCACAUACUGUCGUCACCAUGAACCAGGAGAUGCAACUCGGGACGGAGUACUUCCAGAUCUCUGUGCUACAGGAAAUGACUUCUGUUUUAUCACGUUUCAGAACCUCCAGGCUUUGAUUGUCUUGUAUGCUAACAGUUCUACAAAGCAUUCAUGAGUUUAUGAAACUGUAUUGCUAUGGGGAACAUUUUUAUACGUGUUUAAAUAUAUAAAAAUACUAAAGAGUGUAAUUUUGUAACAGAAAUAAAAAUCGCAGGUAUCUUUAGGUUCAGGGAAGUAGAAUAGGCUAUUUGUAUACAUAGGAUUGAUAGUUACAUUCUUCCAUUAAAAUAUUCUAAUGAAGUAUGUGAACUUAAUUGCUGGCUUUCCAAGAUAAGAUGUUAUGGGACACGGGUCAUAUAACAAUAUUUUGUAUUUUGUUUUAUGGAAUUGAUUUUGUCUUGUUUUUAAUUGUAUAAUUGAAGAUGUAUUUUAAACCAAAGGGAUUAAAUUUUAUAUGUCAAUUUCGUAA